CCGCCCGGGCCCCGCCUCCCGCCUCGUUCUCGGUUCUCCGAGGGGCACCAGGAGGCGUCCGGGCGCCUGCGUGGUCUAGCCCUAAACCAGGGGAAACGUGGCCGCGAGCGGAGACUCUUGGGGUCGCGGAACACCUGCCACCUCUCGCUUUCGGCCUGGGCCGGCGCCCGCCUGCUUCCACUGCUCGCCAGCCGUGCGCAGCUGCGCCUGGUGCCCAGAGCAGCUCGGAGGUGGCCCCAGGACAUCACAGAGGGGGGAUCCGUGAGACCCGGCCGUUCAGGUGUGAGAGCAGAAAAAGGACUUACACCGGAGCAGGAUGCUUUCACAGCGCACCAUCUCUGCCGUUGGUUUCCUUAGCUUGUGUCUUGUGGUGUGUGUGCGCCCAGAGACAGAGACUGCCUCACCGUCUGCUUUUGAUGGGUACCCAGAUGAACCUUGUACUAUAAAGCUGUCAAUACACCAUUUUCGGCUGAUUUUAUCCUGGGAGUUAGAAAACAAGCCCAGCCCACCAGCUAACUACACACUCUGGUACACGAUCAUGAGCAAAAAUGAAAACCUGGUGAAGGUUAAGAACUGUUCAGACAUCAUGGAGUCAUCGUGUGAUGUGACAGAUGAGCUGUUGGACGGCUUGGAGAACUAUUUCGCCCUGGUCGUGGUGCACAGAGAGGACCCGACAGUUUGCGUCUGUUCAGAAUACAUUGUGCCUGCGAAUGUUCCUCUUGAGCCGCCAGAAUUUGAGAUCGUUGGCUUUACAGACCACAUAAACGUGACGAUGAAAUUUCCACCUGUCACUUCCAAGAUAAUCCAGGAAAAGCUGAGGUCUACACCCUUUGUCAUCAAAGAACAGAUAGAAGACAGCAUUAAGAUAAUUCACAAGUCCAAAAUGAAUAAUGUCACUGGGAACUUCACAUAUGUCCUUAAAGACUUACUUCCAAAGACAAACUAUUGUGUAUCUGUUUAUUUUGAUGAUGCCUCCACAAUAAAAUCUCCCUUAAAAUGCACCGUCCUUCAGCCUGGCCAGGAAUCAGGAUUAUCAGAAUCUGCCAACGUAGGAAUAGUUACUGUGUGCUUGAUAGUGAUGGUUUUCGUGAUCACCAUCAUAAUGCUGAAACGGAUUGGUUAUAUAUGCUUAAAAGACACUUUGCCCAAUGUUUUGAACUUCCGUCAUUUUUUAACCUGGAUAUUCCCCGAGUGGCCACCUUCAGAAACCAUCGACCGGCUGGAAGUCAUUCCCACAAACAAGAGGAAGAAAGUGUGGAAUUAUGACUAUGGGGACAGCAGUGACAGUGAUGAAGAAGUCCCCAAAGCAAGUGUCACUGGCUACACCAUGCACGGACUGAUGGGCAAGCCUCUGCCACAAACCUCUGACCUCUCAGCCAACCCUGAGGACCCUCUGGAUGAAGAAGAUUCAGGUGCUGAGGAAUCUGAGGAAGCUGGGGCCGGGGCUGGAGCUGAACCACAACUCCCCACAGAGGUCGAGGCAGGGCCUUCAGAAGACCCAAGUAGCCCCUAUGAGAGGAGAAAGAGUGUGCUCAUGGACUCCUUCCCCAGGGAGGACAAUAGCUCCAUGGAUGGGGCUGGGGACAACGUUAUCUUCAAUGUGAACUUAAACUCCGUGUUUCUGAGAGUUCUCCAUGAUGACGACUCCUCAGAGACGUUAUCUCUCACAGAAGACACGCUCUUCCUAGACGAGGGUCCCCACAGGACAGAGUCAGACCUUCGGAUAGCGGGUGGGGACAAGCCACAGCCGCUCCAUCCCAGCCUCUCUUCCCAGGGUCUGUGGACUGAAGAUGGGUCAUCUGAAAAAACAGACAGCUCAGAUUCUGAUGUUGAUGCAGGGGAUGGCUACAUCAUGAGAUGACUCCAAAGCAGCUCGCUGACUGGAGCUGGGUUCUCUUCACAGCCUACCGUGAUGCCUCGUGGUCUCCAGGUGUCUGUGAGGGAGCUACUAGAGAACUGUCCAGCCCUCUUAGUCCUGGCUGGAUGGCCUUCUCUAUGCCAAUCGCCAAUUUGGGCAUCAGGAUUGUUUACACGGGUCACAAGUGUGACCCGCCCACCCCCUUUCCACUAAUGCACUAAGGUGGUUUGUGCUACAUUUCCCAGGGAACAGUGUUCAGUGUGGUUUUCAGAGGCAACCAAGGCCUCCCAUCUCUGUGUUCUUUCUAGGAAAUAACUAAAUUGGGGGAGAGGGAGUAUUCAGCAGGACUCCAGGAAUGACCCUGAAAGGGGGCAAAAGGGGCGGAGGGAGGGUAUGCUGAGCUGGCUGUGGGCAGGAAGAAGGGGUGCACACAAGGAAAGCCAGCAAGGUUUGAGACCCCUCCCAUCCCCCCACCCUCUCACCCAACUGCCCCCCUCCCACCCACUGCCUCAUCCCCCCACCCACAUCUGGGCCCUUCCCAGAUGUUCAGAUCUGUCUCCUCUACUCUGAAAAGUUCAUUCACGGGCUCCCAUAAAACCCUCACAGUUUAAGUGAGGAGGGGGAGAAGCCUUGGGAAUAACUCUAGGAUCCGACAAGUGACUCAGAGAGAGGAAUCUCAUGGCCAUAUUUUAAGGUCUUUCUGCUUCACCUCUUUAACCUUCAGGUUCUUAAUUUAUGAAAUAAAGGGACUGAGCAGGUAAUCUCCAUCAUCAAGACUCAAGGGGAGGUGCUGAGCCUCGGGAGAGCCGCCCAGGGUGGGGGUGGGGGGUGAAGGGUGUGGGAUCCUCCCAGCUUACUCUUUCACCCCCAAACCAGUGUCUCACAGUUUCUUCUAUUCAAAGAGGAACUAGUGCAGGGAUCCUGGCUCAAAGCUUCGAUCCUGUAAAGCAAUUCAAAAGAAACCCUUGUUGAAUCGGAAUCCCGCGGGCCGGAGUCCCUAUACACAGCAACCUUGCCUCCGCCCUCUGAAUACAGCUAGCACUUUUUUUUCUCCCCUAGCAGCGCUUUCUUUUAAGUUUUGCACAAUUGUUUGGAGUUGGCUUUUUAAUGCUUGCACUUGGUUGUUUUUUUGUUUUUUGUUUUUUUAAUUUUAUACGAUGUUUGAAAUUGUCAGAGUAAUACAAAAAAAGUACUUUUCAUACAAA